AACCCUUUUCCUCUUCGUUCUUCAGAUUCUCUGGGUUUUCUUCGUUUAAUUUCAUCUUCUUCGUUUGAGUAUCAUAACCAUUUGAAAGAGAUAGCCUGAGAGGGAUAGUUAGAUAGCGAAAGGAAGCUAAAUUUCAUACGAGAGAUAACAAAUUUGGGGCUCUCUCUUUACCUUUCCAGGUUCUUUAUGUUCAUUUAAAGUUCAUCAUAGUUCAUCUUCAAAUUUCUCAAAUUUCAUGGUUUGAUCCACUGAAGUUGACCAGAUCUGAAUCUUUCAUGUUUAAAUUCUUUUGGGUCUUGUCAAGUUUCUCACGGAUGGGAAAUGGUUUGUUCAAACCCAUCAUUUAUAUUCCAAGAUCAUUCUUAAUGACAAAAAAAAGCGGUGGAUUAGUUGAAAUAUGAGGGGUUUUGUGAGUUUAAAGGGGUUUUUGGGUCGCUUUUAUGUUUGUUUAGGUACAGAAUUUGAUGGAGGAGAUGUCCUCAGCGGUUGUGGUGCCAUUUAGGGUAGGUAAUUCAGUCUGUGAUAACCCCAACAUGGCAGCUACCCCCAUGGAUAUCACAAGACUUAAGCUCAUGGCAGAUACUGCCGGUUUGUUAUCCGACUCUGUGACGAAGGCUUCGGAUGAUUCGAUUGAAGUAGUUUCUGAUGAUUGUAAGAGUUCUAAUGGGGAGGAAGAGAUUGGUAUUGCUGCUGUUUCGGUUACGAAUGAUGAUAAGUGCGAAAGCGUUCCGUUGUCGGUUGUGUUAUCUCAAAGUAGUAGCAAUUGGGUUGCGGCGGAUGAGACGAUAUCGGUUGGAUGUGAAGAAGAUGAUUGUUUAUCUUUAGAGGGUGAACAGAUUUAUGAUAGUUCUUGUUCACAUUCAGUGGUUAGUGAAACUAGCAGCAUUUGUGGUGAUGAUUUUUUAGGUUCUGAGGUGUCGUUUUUCGAAGCGUUUGAUUCGAUUACCAAUGCGAAGGACGUUAGUUGUGUCGAGAUUGCAGCGAAAGGUAAUAUUGCGAGUUCUUCUUCUGCAGUUGUUAGCCUUGAAGAUGAUGUUGGAGCAUGUAAUAACGUGGUUCUUCAGCUGCCUAUUGAGGAAAGGGCGAGCGAACCGGUUAGUCGAAGCGUUUUCGAGGUAGAUUGUGUACCCCUUUGGGGAUUUACGUCGGUAUGUGGAAGAAGACCCGAGAUGGAAGAUGCUGUAGCAACGGUACCUAAGUUUUCAGAACUUCCUGUUCAAAUGCUUGUUGGUGACCGAGUUUUCGAUGGCUCGAGCAAGGCUAUAGCUCAUCAAACCGUUCAUUUUUUCGGGGUUUACGAUGGUCAUGGUGGUUCUCAGGUCGCUAAUUAUUGUCGUGAACGUAUGCAUUUGGCUUUAUCUGAGGAGAUAGAACUUGCUAAGCAAGAUAUAGCUGCUGGUAAUAUAAAGGAUGAUUGUCAUGAGCUAUGGAGAAAGGCAUUCACCAAAUGCUUUGUAAAAGUUGAUGCUGAAAUUGGAGGGGGACCUGGUGUUGAGCCUGUUGCACCAGAAACUGUUGGCUCCACUGCUGUUGUUGCCAUUAUCUGUGCAUCUCAUAUCAUUGUUGCAAAUUGUGGCGACUCGAGAGCUGUUCUUUGUCGUCGGAAGGAGCCGAUGGCAUUGUCCGUGGAUCACAAACCGAACAGAGAAGAUGAAUAUGAACGGAUUGAAGCUGCAGGUGGGAAGGUCAUACAGUGGAACGGGCACCGUGUUUUUGGUGUUCUAGCGAUGUCGAGAUCGAUCGGUGAUAGAUACUUGAAACCAUGGAUCAUCCCGGAGCCAGAAGUGAUGUUCAUCCCUCGAGCGAAAGACGACGAAUGUCUCGUUCUAGCCAGCGAUGGUUUAUGGGACGUGAUGUCAAACGAAGAGGUAUGCGACCUGGCUCGAAGACGAAUCCUUCUUUGGCACAAGAAGAACGGUGUCAGUUUACCUUCUGAGAGAGGGGUGGGGAUUGAUCCUGCAGCCCAAGCAGCUGCGGAAUACCUCUCGAAACGAGCUCUUCAAAAGGGCAGCAAAGACAACAUCACGAUCGUCGUGAUCGAUUUGAAAGCUCAUUGGAAGUUCAAGACGAAAUCAUAACGAAAUCAUUCUUCCUUUUUUAGUUGUACUUGUACCAUAUUCUUGUUAUGAUUUACGAGACAAAGAACACGAUGAUAUUAAUGUUCGCCCGACUAUUUUUCUUCGGGGCAUUAUGAUAUUAAUGAUAUGAAUGUUAAGGAAGUAUGCAGCAUUCCAGAUUCUCCAUGGCGCUUGGAGCAUUUGUUAUAUAAGCUCCGAGUUCUAACGAGUUUUGGCAAUGUAAAUGGCUGCAGCAGCAAUGUAAUAGAAUAGGUGAAGCAAACUGGGAGACUCUUCCACGUUUAUGCACUAUUUUCUUUGUAUCAA